CGGUUCAAUCGGGUAACCCGGCCUAUGUAAUACAGUAGGCGCCCAGUCGACACAAUUUAUGGCGCUAAAUUGGCUUUGAUAUCGUCCAUGUUCGCAGUGACAACUCCAGCCUCGAGCGGACCCCCAUUGACUCACCCUAGACUAAAAGGCUAAAAUGCGGCCACUAACGUGAGAGUUGGCGCAAGACGAAGCAGAAGCAGAGUAAUAACAGGAUAUUCAGGUCCCUCUGAUGUCGCCUGAAUGUCAUUGGAAAGUGACCAUGAAUCAUUCGGAGGUGCCGACGAGAAUCUCGGUGGUGUCAGCUGAAUCCAUCUCUGCAUCUACAACAUCAGAAGUAUAACCACUUUGUGCGCCUUGCACAUCACUAUGAGAUGAUAUAAUCGUCGGGGUUGGUGACCCAAGCCGAGACUCUGGGGGAUACGACGUGCCAUGUUUGAGGGGACUGGCGACUAAUGGUUCCGAUGGAUCUUUAGAACUAACAUUCGCCUGCAGCUUGCUACGCUUCCGCACUUCAGUUUGUUUCCGUUUUUUCUCUUUCUGCGCCUUCUUUUCUGCUGCCACUUGUUCCUGUGCAGCUAAUCGCGCACUUUCCACCUUUGCCUCCUCCUCCUCGAUUUCAUCCAGUUCCCACUGCUCUUUCAUGAACUCUGGGUACCGUUCACAAAUGGGACGCCACGUCGGCUCUUGCCCUUCCAUUUUUGCUGUAGUCGAGCCGUCUAGAAGAGCAUCUACGUCGGGUGGAGGAGGGAAUGCAAAAUCUGGUCCAGGAUUGAGUUCAACCGAUGCACCGUUGAACAAGGAAAUGAAGGGAUAAUAGCCGAGUGUACCGUCGUCAAACGGGUUCUCCCUAUGCUCCUUGACACCCUCCCUGCCUCGCUUUUUCUCCUUUCCCUUAUGAGCCACAGCAGUAGUGCGAAGCUGUAGAUAGUCGUAAAUGUCUUGAAAGGCGAUACCUUGGCAUUCACCAUUGACAAAAAAUGCAAUGCGAGAAUUUGCGAGAGUGGGGAGAGGUCUGAGAGUGGGACCUGGGACCUUACUCUUCGUAGAAGAGGCACGAUCAGAAGGUUUUCCAUUUGGUUUGGCAAAAGGAGCAGUUUGCGUGGGGGUAGUGGCUGGCUUGCUGCCCGAAUAAUCCAUGAGAGCGAUCAUCUCUUUUGACUGAGGGUACUCGAGAAUUUCGAACGUUUCCUGACCCUUGAGAUCAAUCGCAAUACGUUCGCGUUUCAAUCGCGCUGGGUCACUGGGGUCCUUUGGAUCUGAUUGUCGUCGCGGAGGAAGUGAAAUGUACAUGCCAAUGACGUCUCCAGAGGUGAAUGGACGACCGUAUGGGCGAGGACGGGAUAGAGUCACUUUCCCGCCAGUCUUGUCGCGAUAUCCGUAGCUAUACCCAUCCAAUCCUACUGGGCCGUUCAGAGGUGCCUCCCGUCUCCCAAAACCUAACCGGACAUGCCCACCAUCGCGUCUUGAAUCCUCUGUCAAUCGUUCACCCCCGCCACGUAAUAUUUUCACUUCCAUAUACCAACGCCCUUCUCGUAUCGGAGCAUUGCAGCGAGCACUGCGAAAACCCUUGGACCCAAGCAAUUUCAGCCCAUCGGGAGUGACAUAGACGAAUGGGCUUCGGUCCUCCCAACUGACUCUAUACGAAGUAGGUUUGGUUUCAAUAGUGCGACAGGGAAGGAAGAAACCGCGUGGGUUGAUUCCGGCCGGUGAGUAGCGAUAGCCAUGUCGAUUUAUACCGGUAAAAUCUGUUUUGAAAAACGUGUCGGAAUCUGGGAUGGGCACGAAACUGGGGCCACGAGAAAUGGUAAGUUGUGGACGAGAAGAAAGGUCAAGGCGAGAGGUAAGAACUAAUUCCGGAGCUUCUGAAGGAGCGGGUGAACCAUUGCUGUCAAGAAGAGGGCUUUCUGCAGUCUUUUCUGAUCUCUUCCGCUUCAGCAUCACAAUGAGUGAAAAGGGGGAAGGAAGGGCAGGUUACAUAAUAAUCAUGUUCUCCAGCCUUGGACUCUUCUACUCCGUCCGAUGUCCUGACCUACAACAAUGCCCAAGACAGCCAUUUUGUGUAUUAUCUCAUCGCGAUGAUACCCCAGAUGAACCCGCCCUCGAUAUACCUGUUUCUUCUCCCCCAAAACAGCCAACUGGACCCUCUAGCAUAUUACCCGCUAAACGUCCCAUAUCUUCAACGCCUCCUGUUCAACCUUCCUCAGAACCUCCCCGGAAGCUUCAAAGAUUAUCCCAGUCAUCCUCCAAGCCAACUCAAUCACACGAAAAUGGACCUCCAGUUCUCAGAAUAAAUGCCGCUCAAUCCCAAGUCGCCUUACCGGUGCGACAGGCCAUGCUCAAGACACUCUAUGACCACUUCGUUAUUCUAUACGAACGUAUCCUUCCAAGCAACCCAUCGUUAGCGUCUGAACACGCUUUGAAACAAGAGGGAGAAAUAUACACCAAGUCUGGCAAGAUCACAUAUCGGCAUGCGGUAAUCCAGAGUGUGGCAGCUCUCAAGCGACGUCCAGUGCCAGAUUCCGCCGCGCACCCAUCUGUUGGAACCGAAGGAGAGAUCGCAGCACGCGCUGAACUACAAAAGUCUCUCAAGUCCCUUCGCCUCACACGGUCUAUUCUAGAACCUUACAUACUCCCCAUUACGGACCUCGAGAGAUGGGGCUACAUUGUAAAUAUCCCUGACGGACCCGGGGGGAACGAGCCGAGCAAAGAAGGUCAACUUACAAAGUGUGAAAGAUGUGGCGAACCGUUUUUGGUCCGGCGCGAUCCAAAGCCAAAUGAAUGUUUACACCACUGGGGGAGACCGUAUGGGAAACAGAUCGAUGGAAAAAGAAACCGGAUAUACAGUUGCUGUUCAAAGGCAGUCACUGAGGAGGGUUGUGUACACGGGUCGCAUGUCUUUUACGAAUCGGAUGCGGAAGUCCUUCAUAGUCGUCACUCGUUUUCGAAACUUUCGAGCGGUGGGGAUGACAAUGAAAGUAUCUUAGACGUCGCGGCGCUGGAUUGCGAGAUGGUAUAUACUACAGGGGGGAUGCGUGUAGCAAGGGUUUCUGUCGUUGACGGCGCUGGAACGCAAGUCUUUGAUGAGCUGGUCCGCAUGGACGAAGGCGUAGAAAUUCUUGACUUUAAUACUCGAUUUUCUGGUAUCACCCAAGACGAAUACAGAUCAAAAGCUCUCCUUACUCUCAGUUCGAUACGGCGUUCUCUCGACGCCUUCAUCAAUGGCGAGACGGUUCUCAUUGGUCAUGCGUUAGAGAACGACCUGAAAACCCUCCGAAUUGUGCACCACCGUUGCGUGGACACCGCAGUUAUGUUUCCUCAUCAUGUUGGUCCACCUUACCGACGUGCACUGAGAGAUCUCGUAAGAGACCAUCUAGGAAAGAGCAUACAAGUUGGCGGCGGUACCGUCGGGCAUUCUUCCUUGGAAGACGCAAUCGCGACCUUGGAUCUUGUACGGUGGCGCAUCCGACAACAACAGAGUGCAAACGAAACUGCAUUCAAACCGGGUACAUAGUUAGGCUACUACUAUAAAGUACGAGACACAAGAUUACAGUCCGUAAAUGCUAC